UUUUCAUUGGAGUCGUUUCUUUCUGAUGCGUGGCUGAAAACUGUCUCCUGAGAGAAGUGUGAGUGCGGCUCCACACAGAGAGCGCUGCAAUGAUAAAAGCCGCAUAUGCGGUAGGCUACACACCUAUCAGGCAGGGAAAUAUCUAAGAACCAGCCUCACCCCGGUUCUCCUCGCUCCACAGCCUUAUCCACGACUCAGAGCGGAACCUGAAGUGCCAGUGCAACCAUGACCAAGCCAGUGGGGGGCGUUGCCAAUGAUAUUACCCGCUACCUGACAUCAGGGGCGGGGCCCGGACCUGGAUCUCCCACCUCCAACUCGGUGUUCUCUGCUGCGAGCCAGGCUGACUGGGCUGCAAAGAGGCUGGUAUGGGUGCCGUCAGAGAAGAACGGCUUUGAGUCGGCCAGUAUUCGUGAAGAGCGCGGCGAUGAGGUGGAGGUCGAGCUCACGGAGAGCCAGCGGCGGGUCACCCUGUCCAGGGAGGAGAUUCAACGGAUGAACCCCCCACGUUUCAGUAAAGUGGAGGACAUGGCCGACCUCACCUGCCUCAACGAAGCCUCUGUGCUGCACAACCUGAGAGAGAGAUACUACUCCGGCCUGAUCUAUACAUAUUCAGGGCUGUUCUGUGUCGUGGUGAAUCCUUACAAGAACCUGCCCAUCUACACAGAGUCCAUCGUGGAGAUGUACCGUGGCAAAAAACGUCACGAGAUGCCCCCGCACAUCUACGCCAUAUCAGAGGCAGCCUAUCGCAGCAUGUUACAAGACAGAGAAGAUCAGUCAAUCCUUUGCACAGGCGAGUCUGGAGCUGGGAAAACAGAGAACACAAAGAAAGUCAUCCAGUAUUUGGCUCACGUGGCCUCCUCCCAUAAGGGUGGCACACCGGGCAGGAACAAGGAAGCUAUACAGAGUAUGCAAUAUGGCGAGCUUGAGAGACAGCUGCUGCAGGCCAACCCCAUACUGGAGGCCUUUGGCAACGCAAAGACUGUCAAGAACGACAACUCCUCAAGAUUUGGGAAAUUCAUCCGCAUCAAUUUUGACGUUGCCGGGUACAUUGUUGGUGCCAACAUUGAGACCUACCUCCUUGAAAAGUCCCGGGCCACCCGGCAGGCCAAAGAUGAGAGGACUUUCCACGUCUUUUACCAGAUGUUGUGUGGAGCUCCAGAAGCAACGAGAGCGGACCUGCUGUUGGGAACUGCCGAUCAGUACCGCUUCCUUAGUGGAGGCUCUAUUCCUGUUCCUGGUCAAAGCGAUGCAGAUAACUUCACCCAGACUGUAGACUCCAUGAGCAUCAUGGGCAUCACCCCUGAGGAGUCAACAUCCAUGAUGAAGGUGAUCUCUGCUGUGCUCCAGUUUGGGAACAUUUCCUUCAUGAAGGAGAAGAACCACGACCAGGCCUCUAUGCCUGAUAACACAGCUGCUCAGAAACUGUGCCAUCUGCUGGGCAUCAACGUGCUGGAGUUCACUCGGGCCAUCCUCACUCCCAGGAUCAAAGUGGGUCGAGAGUAUGUGCAGAAGGCCCAGACGAAGGAGCAGGCCGACUUUGCUGUUGAGGCCUUAGCUAAGGCCACGUAUGAGCGUCUGUUCAGAUGGCUGGUGCACAGGAUCAACAGAGCUUUGGACCGCAGACAGAGACAGGGAGCCUCCUUCAUCGGCAUCCUUGAUAUCGCUGGAUUUGAAAUCUUCCAGCUUAACUCCUUUGAGCAGCUGUGCAUCAACUACACCAACGAGAAGCUGCAGCAGCUCUUCAACCACACCAUGUUCAUACUUGAGCAGGAGGAGUACCAGCGCGAGGGCAUCGAGUGGAACUUCAUCGACUUUGGCCUGGACUUGCAGCCUUGCAUCGACCUCAUUGAGAAACCAACUCACCCGCCUGGUGUUCUGGCCCUGCUGGAUGAAGAGUGCUGGUUCCCCCGGGCAACAGACCGCUCGUUUGUGGAGAAGGUCUCCAACGAGCAAGGCACCCAUCCAAAAUACUUCCGAUCAAAGCAGCCUCGACAGGAGGCGGACUUCUCCAUCAUUCACUAUGCUGGAAAGGUGGACUACAAGGCUGAUGAUUGGCUAGUGAAGAACAUGGAUCCUCUGAACGACAACGUGGCGUCUCUUCUGCACCAGUCUUCUGAUCAUUUUGUGUCAGAACUCUGGAAAGAGGACAUUCAAACUCUUCCUCGUGUCUACUUCUUUGACUCGUAUGCCACAAUACAGGCGAAUGGCUCGGACAUGGACCGGAUCGUGGGUCUGGACCAGGUGUCCACUGGGGAGAGCAGCGGGCCAGUCACGUUCGGUGCUUCAAAUCUGAAGACGAAAAAGGGGAUGUUCAGGACUGUCGGUCAGCUCUACAAGGAGUCUCUAACCAAGCUGAUGGCCACGCUGAGGAACACCAACCCCAACUUUCUGCGCUGCAUCAUCCCCAACCACGAGAAGAGGGCCGGGAAGCUGGCGCCACACCUGGUUUUGGACCAGCUGAGGUGUAAUGGUGUUCUGGAGGGGAUCCGUAUCUGCAGACAAGGCUUCCCAAAUCGCAUCCCAUUCCAGGAGUUCAGACAGAGAUAUGAGAUCCUGACUCCUAACGCUAUCCCCCGCACCUUCAUGGACGGUAAACAGGCAUCAGAACUCAUGAUCAAAGCUUUGGAGCUGGAUCACAACCUGUUCAGGGUGGGUCAGAGUAAAGUCUUCUUCAGAGCCGGAGUCCUGGCUCACCUGGAAGAAGAGCGAGACCUUAAGAUCACUGACACCAUCAUACGCUUCCAGAGUGCCUCCAGAGGCUACCUCGCACGCAAAGCCUUCACAAAGAAGCAGCAGCAGCUGAGCGCUCUGAGGGUGAUGCAGAGGAACUGUGCAGCUUACCUCAAACUCAGGAACUGGCAGUGGUGGCGGCUGUUUACAAAGGUGAAGCCCCUGCUGCAGGUGACCCGGCAAGACGAAGAGAUCCAGGUCAGAGAGUCCCAGCUCCAGAAGGCCAAAGACAACCUCACCCGAGUGGAGCAAGACUACUCCGAGCUGGACCGGAAACACGCUCAGCUGAUAGAAGAGAAAUCAGUGCUUGCCGACCAGCUGCAGGCAGAGGCAGAGCUGUUUGCGGAGGCAGAAGAGAUGAGAGCCAGGUUGGCCGCUCGGAAGCAGGAGCUGGAGGAGGUGCUGGGCGAGCUGGAGAGCCGGUUGGAGGAAGAGGAGGAGAGGGGUGUGCAGAUGACCAAUGAGAAGAAAAAGAUGCAGCAGAAUAUACAGGACUUAGAGGAGCAGUUAGAGGAGGAGGAAAGUGCACGACAGCGCCUCCUACUGGAGAAGGUGACUUUGGAAACAAAAGUUAAGAGUCUAGAAACGGAUCUGAUGAACGCUGUGGAAGGGAAAGACCGACUUGGCAAGGACAAGAAACAGUUAGAAGAGCGCCUGAGUGAAGUGACAGAUCAGCUCACUGAGGAAGAGGAGAAAACUAAAAGCCUGAACAAACUCAAGAACAAACAGGAAGCUGUCAUCGCUGACCUUGAAGAGCGUCUGAAGCGGGAGGAGCAAGGUCGCUUGGAGCAGGAGAAAUGGAAGAGGAGGAUGGAAAACGAGACCCAGGAGGCCCAGGAGCAGCUGUCCGAUCUGGGCAUGAUGUCUUCUGAGCUGAGGGGCAAUCUGUCUCAGAAAGAGAAGGAAAUCACCGUCCUGCAGGGCCGGUUGGAGGAAGAAGGUGCGCGUCGUUCGGAAGCUCAGAGAUCGCUGAGGGAGGCCAUGUCCCAGGUGUCUGAGCUGAAGGAGGAGGUGGAUAAUGAACGAGGGAUGAGAGAGAGGGCGGAGAAGCAGAGGAGGGACUUGGGGGAGGAGCUUGAGGCUUUAAGGACUGAGCUGGAGGACACUCUGGACACCACAGCUGCCCAGCAGGAGCUAAGGUCUCGUCGUGAGGCAGAGUUAAACGACCUACAGCGAUGUGUUGAAGAUGAAACCCGCCGCCAUGAAGCUCAGCUGUCAGAAGUCCGAGUCAAACACAGUGCCGCGAUAGACAACCUGCAGGAACAGCUGGACAACAGCAAGAGAGCCCGUCAGUCGCUGGAGAAGGCUAAGGGAAUUCUGGAGGAAGAGAGACAGAAUCUGAGCUCUGAGCUUAAGAGCCUCCAAGCUGGUCGCACGGAAAGCGAGAGAGGCCGAAAGAGGGCAGAGAGUCAGCUGCAGGAGCUCAGCGCCCGACUGGCUCAGGCAGACAGAGAGAAGGAGGAGAAGGAGGAGCGAGUGCACAAACUUCAGUGUGAGAUUGAAUCCGUCGCCGGCAGUCUAUCUUCCUCAGACACCAAAUCUCUCAAACUCUCAAAAGAGGUCAACAGCCUGGAGAGCCAGCUGAAUGAUGCAAAGGAGCAGCUGCAGGAUGAAACUCGACAAAAGAUGGCUCUGGGCACGAGGGUGCGAGCGCUGGAGGAGGAGAGGAACGGACUGAUGGAAAGACAGGAGGAAGAGGAGGAGAGGGCCAAAGAGUUAACUCGGCAGAGUCAGACUCUCACCCAGCAGCUGGCAGAGCUCCGCAAGCAGUCAGAGGAGGUGAACACAGCAGUGGAAGUCGGAGAGGAGACACGCAGGAAACUCCAGAGAGAGCUGGACAGCACCAUACAGAGGGAGAGACAGAAAGAGGAGGAGAAGGAGAGAGUGGAGAGGCAGAGGGAGAGACUACGGGAGGAGAUUGAGGACUUGGCGCUCGCCCUGCAAAGAGAGAGACAGAACUGCAUGGCCCUGGAGAAGAGGCAGAAGAAGUUCGACCAGCUUCUGGCAGAGGAGAAGGCAGUGAGCGCUCGUCUCGCGGAGGAGAAGGACAGAGCAGAGGCAGACAGCCGAGAGAAGGAGACGAAAAUACUGACACUUUCACGAGCCAUGGAUGAUACCAAUGAACAGAUGCAAGAGUUAGAGAGGUCCAACAAGCAGCUCCGCUUGGAAAUGGAACAGCUUGUGAACCAGCAGGAUGACGUCGGAAAGAAUGUCCACGAGCUGGAGCGGACCAGGAGGACCUUAGAAACAGAAGCCACAAACCUACGGGUCCAGACGCAGGAGCUAGAAGAGGAGCUGUCGGAGGCGGAGAACUCAAGGCUGAGGCUGGAGGUCACCCUGCAGGCGCUCAAGGCUCAGUUUGAGAGGGAGAUCAUCGGCAAUGAGGAGAAGGGAGAGGAGAAGAGGAGGGCGCUCAGUAAACAGGUUAAAGAGUUGGAGAUCCAGCUGGAGGAGGAGAGGAGUCAGCGGUCUCAGGCUGUUUCGGCUAAGAAGCAGCUGGAAUCAGAACUGCAGGACUAUGAGUCCCAGGUGGAAACAUCCAGCCGCGGCAAAGAGGAGGCUACGAAGCAUCUGAGGAGGCUGCAGGGUCAAAUGAAAGAAGCUCUACGCGAGCUGGAAGAGUCCAAGUUGUCUCGGGAGGAGGUGAUCGCACAGCUGAAAGACAGCGAUAAGAAGAUCCAGACACUGGAGGCAGAAGUCCUGCAGUACACUGAGGAGCUCGCCAUGUCUGAUAGACAGAGGAGACAGGCCCAACAGGAGAGAGACGAGUUGGCAGAUGAGAUGGUCAAUAGCAGCUCUGGAAAGAACGCGAUAUUUGAGGAGAAGAGGAGGCUAGAAGCACGAGUCAGUCAACUGGAGGAGGAGCUGGAGGAGGAGCAGACUAACGCUGAACUGGUAGCAGACAGACAGAGAAAGACUGCUCUACAGAUGGAGACCAUGACUGUGCAGCUGCAGGGAGAGAGGACUCUGGCUCAGAAGGCGGAGUCUGCUCGGGAGCAGCUGGACAGGCAGAACAAGGAGCUGAAGACCCGACUGGCAGAGAUGGAAGGAGCAGUGAGGGGCAAACACAGGCUCAGUGUCGCCGCGCUGGAAGCUAAAAUAGAGUCGAUGGAGGAGCAGAUGGAACAGGAGAGACAGGAACGAGCAAUCGCAAACAAACUGGUGCGAAAGACUGAGAAGAAACUGAAGGAGGUGAUGAUGCAGGCAGAAGACGAGAGGAGACAUGCAGACCAGUACAGAGAACAGCUGGAUAAGUCGAUGGUCCGCCUGAAGCAGCUGAAGAGGCAGCUGGAGGAGGUGGAGGAGGAGAACUCUCGCUCCAACGCUCAGAAGAGGAAGCUGCAGAGGGAGCUGGAGGAGGUCUCUGACAGCAGCCAGACAAUGAAUCGGGAGAUCACCUCCCUCCGUAACCAGCUCAGCGUCCCAGAGUGGAGGGGAGAUAAGCGUGCACCGUUGCCGCUGUCAAUGCGUGGACGCAGAGCGCUGGUUGACGACCUCUCGUAUGAGAACUCUGACUCAGAGGAGCCCCCCGCCUCCCCGACCCCCUCCUCUGGACUCCCUGGGACCCCAACUCCCUCCUCUGAACACAGCCUGGACCCUCCACCGCCCUACAGCGUCAACAACACCGAGUGAUGCAAGCAUAGCCUCAUUUACACACACACACACACACACACACACACACACACACACAUAAUGGCCUCUCACAGCCUUGACUUCUCAGGGGUGAAUGAGUGACACACACACACACACACACACACACACACACACACACACACAUACACACACACACACACACACACACACACACACACAGAACAAACAUACACUACUUUAUGAAAUCAUUUAGGAUGCAUACAUCAGGCGCUUUAACCUCAGUGACAAACAGAUAAAAUGUAAAAAUUAGAUUUUACUAAAGAGGAAACUGGAAUUGAUUUUGGUUUUGUAACAAACUGUGACAUAAAAUCAAAACACUAGACUGGAAAUUUCUACGUCUCUGGAAUGAACUUCUGAGAAACUUAACUACAUCUCCCAGAAUUCAAAUGGGAAAGUGAAUUGUUUUCAACUAAUUUCACGAUGCUGUACAGUUAUUAGAAUGCAGAAAACAUUAUGAUGGUGACAUCUUUUACACUAGGAGGUAUUUCAGAAUCAAGCCAUGUCUGAACUCUUUGAUAAGAGUUAAACACUAACAAAACCUGAUUUUAAAAAAGGUUGAAAAUAUUUCUAAAAAGGUGUUUAGACAAUCUGUAUACAUGUAACAAAUUGUGAUUAACAAGAAAAGUCUAACACACCAACAUUUAUGUCAGUUUUUAACGAAGCAUAGAUGAGACAGUUUGACUAAGAUCAGAAUCAGAGAGAUAAAACAGUGAUGACAGCCAAUGGGAAGAUAAUCAGACAUACUGGGGGGACUUAGCAAUAGAGAAAGAGCAACUAGUAAUGGAUAUUUAAUGAAACUUUUUAUUGAAGAUGGACUACACUAAGUUCGAUGACAUUUUGGUCUCAUUUUGUGUCCAGUUAUAGAGACACAAACACCCGGUCAUAAAAAGCAGCCUGGACGCAUUAAGCUGCAUUAAAGCUGUAUUAAGUGAUAAAUCCUUUUACUGUAGAUUAGAAGCAGUUUGUCGUUAGGUACCGCAGAAGGUAGUAUUAGAUAGUUUCUUGAACUAAAGUCUUAACAUAUUGCUUCAUAAAUUUGUAUAAUUUAUAUCCAAUGUGAACUUAAGUUAUUAAUCACAGGUUCUGUUCUGUGUGAAGCCUGUUAGUCAGAUUAUUUUGGCCUGAACUGGGUCGCAUCACGGCUCAGACGUGUUUCAGUCAGUGUCACAGCAUCAGAUCUCAGAGGGGAAGUUGCAAAGAUUGGUGGUUGUAAAAGAAGUACAGAUUUAUGGAUUCUCUCCCACAGCUGCAUAACUAGACAUUAACUGUGGAGGGUGAACUUUAUAGAUUCAUCUGUUCAUCCAAAUCAGGACAAUUUGUGACACCAGAUCCUCUUUUUCUGUCUGAGACGCAUCAAAUGCAUCACAUUUGAUUUCCACAAGCAUCUUGUACAUUGUAAUUUUUACUGAGUAACUUUGUAAAUUAUUGAUCAUCAAAGCUUUUUUCUUUUAACCAAAUGGUGGGCGUAUGGAUGAGAAAAAGGGACUUAAAUUAGUAGUAAAUGUAGAGUAGCAGUAGAAUAAAUAGACAACAGAAGUAGAGGCUUGUGAGUCUCUGCUUGCUGUUAAUGUAGAAAAGGUAGAAUAACUGAGCAUGAGACUCAAAGCAUUUUUAGAUACUAGUAGAGUUAGGUUUAAAAAUGAAAAUUGAGGCACUGAGGAAUGAAUUUUUAUGAAGCAAACAGCAAGUAGAACAAGAGUAGUUUUUUUUUUACCCUAGCUGUCAGCCCUAAAAGACGUGUGUGUGCGUGGAGUCAACCACACACAGCUUGAUUACCCUGCUGUCAAAAAGAUAAUGUUGAAUUAAACCUGUUCUGUCCUUCAGUGGAAUAUCUUCAUUUGAACGAUUUUGUUUCAUUAAUUGUUUGAUAUAAUGUUUUGUUUUGUUUGUUUUUUUGUUUUUUUAUUUUUUUACGACCUUCUUCAGCACCUGUUUGCCUGUCAAAGCUUUAAGGCUGUCCAGGAACUUCAUGUGAUGUACAAAUGGCAAUGUUUUUAAAAGGACAGUUUAACAGUUUGGGAAAUGCUAAAAGAUUGAAAUCUGAACCAAAGUAGGCUGUCUGUUAGCUUAGCUUAGCAUAAAGCCUGAAAGUAGGUAAAAAGCUAGCAUGUGACAGAAUCUGCCUUCAAGUAACUCAACAUCACUCAUUUACUCUUUCAUGUUUAGAAAUAUAACAUGGCACUAUUAUGCCAGACUAUUUCCUGGAAUGACUUAAGAUAGACACAUGAAAUAAUCCGUCACAUAGCUGCCUAUGGAACCUAAACUUCAUAUAUUUAGGCUUUUUUUUUUUUAAAUACACAUGAAACAAACAAGGUGAUAUGACUACAUCUUGUUCCAGUCUAUAUUCUAAGCUAAUUAAGGUUAAGGUCCUGGCUCUAACUUUUCGUGAAGUAUAUUUUUCCAAGCAUCAGACUGUUCAGCAAUAGUAAGGGUAUUUCCCAAAUCCUCAAACUGUCCUUCUAAAUGAAAAGAAUGUCACUGGUGCAUUAACUUUUAAUUGGAACUAAAGAAAGAUAAAGAUUGUGUGAAAGGAAAUCAAAUAUCCUGUUUCUGUAAUCGCUCUGAAUGUGUUCUUUUUAUUUUGGUUAUAUAUAUUCAUUACAAAUGGCGAGGAUAAAAUGAUUGUGUUGGUGUUAACCGUUUAUUACACAUCAAACCGUUUCAGUGAUUUCUGGUGAACAGGGUUGUUAUGACUGCUCCUUCUUCUUCCUUCUGUUUUUACAUUGAAUGAAAUGCAAAGCUCACAUCUAAUCUGAUCAAAGAUUAAUAAUCAGACAGACUGUAUGUUUCAUGUGUAUCCAUAUUUUCAGACGUUUAAGCUUUGUUUUUGCCAUAUCACUUCACCGUGAUUACCAAUGAGUGUCGGGUGAAGAGAGAUCAAGCCCGUCGGGUCGAGAAAAAGUUCUGACGACAUAUAUUUAACGCCCUGAUGAAGGGCUUUAUUUUUUAUUUUCUGAAUGUACAAUUCUUUUAUCUUAGCAAUAUGCAAAGGAUUUUGUUUGAAGCUUUGUUUUUUAAGAUGUCGUGUAAACGCUGCACUUUACACAUUACAAGUAGAGAUAAACACAGCUGGUAACGUCCACUCUGGAGGGUUGUGAUUUAUCUCAAAGAGGCCGACAGCAUUAAGCCAAAUGAGCUAACAUCACGUGUCCUGACUCAGAAGUUCACAUUAAUGUUAUCUCAAAAUGUCGUAUCAACGUCUGAACGUGGCGGCUGUGUCCACGUCUUUAGAGACCAAAAUCUGAGGACAUGUGGAUUGAAACUGCUGAAGCGAGAACGGAUGAGUUCUGUUCAUGUGUAGCAAGAGACGAGGCCGGUGCUUCUCUGAGGUGUUAUUUUUCUCUCUGCGUUUGUUUAUGGCUACUGUGGAACUUGAAACAUUUUGGAAAAAUGUGUUUUAUUGUUUUAGCCUUUUUUUGUUGAUGAUGCUGUUAUUAUAAAACAUCUGACUGGGGUUAACUUUAAUACAUGUUGUUGGUUUGGA